AUGAUGUACCCCACCCUAUUGAUUUCAUCUUUUGUGAUACAAACGGUUUCCUUCAACACGUUCCGCUUGCAGCAGACCACCUAUGCGGACAUCGAGGUCUCCGACUUUUCUUUUCUGUCUCACUAGUCAGAAUUGAUAAAUGCCGCGUUCUAAGCUAAUUUGACACGCUUCGAAACAGUUUUUCUUGUUUCAAAGACUUGAUCCAAAACGCAGCGGUUACGCAGAGCCCAAUUGGUUUGUCCCGCCCAUUUGGUAAGUAAGUCGGUUCAGUCUAUUUUUCAAAGUGGUCAUUUUUUGGACAUUGAAAAGUUUUUUUGGUCUAAACCGUUUGAGUGUCCGAAAUGCGUAGAUUUCUCGAUCUAAGUUUGGAAAAAAACCAAAUAUUGGCGGUCCAAAAAAGGAGAUUUUGAGUUUUUUCCACAGUUUUCAUAUCAAUCAAACUUUACCUGAAAUUAAAACAUUGAAAGUGUUCAUCAUGAAUUGAGAUCACUUUUUGACGAAACUGCACAAAAUAAGAUAAAAAUAAAUUUUUAUAAAUUUACUGGUCAGAUCUUUUAAAAACUGACUUCGAAACCGGUCAACAUAAAAGGUACCGUAUAUAUGUGGAAUAGAAAUAUUUCUGAAGACCUUUUCAAUAAUUGAAAACAAGAAAUCUAGGCUGUUCACGAAAUGGAGGGAACCACCUUUCAAACGGUACACGGCGUUAUUUCCCUUUCAUCGAGGCGUCUGGGGCCUAAAGACCUGACAGGACGUUGGUAUGUGCCGCAACAGAGCUCCUAUCCGAAGCUGGUUGGCCUUACUGAAGUUCUGGAAGUACUGAGGGGAGCAGGCAUACCUGCCAGCCAACGGAUGGCACCUUCUGUCGGAGGAGCACAUCGCGAGAGUCAAGCCCAUUCCGACGAGAAGAGCCCGACCCGGGGAGCAGCUCAACGUCUCCAGCUUGAUCCGACUUUCCUCCUACAAUCUCGGUGAACAUCGUAAUUCGAGAGAAGGUAAACUCACGGAAAUUUUUUUUUCCAAAUUUUGCGCUCCAAGAACAAAAAAGACCAUCUAGUUACUUCAAAAAGGCGCUAAUUUAACAAUCUACAGUUAAGGACCGCCCGGAUUGUACGAAUACAAAACGAUGGCCGACCAACAAACACCCUCCGUCAAUCAGCCUGGCUCUCAGUUAAGAAGCUUAGGAAAUAAUUUUAACAAGAAAAAUAAGCUACAUGAGAACAUUUUCCGCAUAGAACAGAAGAAAAAAUAAUAAUAAAUUUCCUGGUUUCGAAACUGACGUUGCAAUAUUGACCAACCGGUUUAGCAACUUAGGAAUUUUAGAGUGGUCCUGUAGGGGUCAAGGGAAAAAAAAGUCCCUGAAAGGGCCGAAAACUGGUCUCUUCAGGAGUAAAAUCAAGGGGUCCCUAUAGGGGUUUAGGGUCUGAUUCCUUAGCCCCCAGAAGCUUGAGCGGUUCCUAUAGGGGACUUUCAAUUUUAUUCCAAAAACGCUUAUUUAGGUGGUAAAGUGGUCCCUAAAGGGGAUUCUCCAAGGGCCCUUAAGGUUGCACCUAUAGCACCACCUAAGAAUGUUUUAAACAUGCGUGUUCUUGGACUAAAUUGAAUGUUUUUUCUAUUCGAUAAUCGCGGAUUUUCAGACAUCGGAAGUUUCCGAAGUGCAAAUGAUUCACGUCGGAAACCUCGCCGCCUACGUCUUCUCGGAGAAAGAAGCUGACGAUACAGAAGGCCUCUACUGGCUGCUGCCGGCCGUUGCAAGCUCAUCGCACAAUGUUUCGCGGGUGGCGCGACUUCCAGACAAUUCUCUCCUUGUGUAUUUCGGGUCUCCGAGGCUCGGACGUUUGAGGAGUAAUGAAAACAUUUCAUAA